CGAUGCAGAAAAAGCUUCUGAUUCUCUCGGCCCUCAUGGUCGCCCUCGCGUGCGCGCACGCGGGCGAGACCCCCCCCGAGAUCACCAACAAGGUUUACUUCGACGUCUCCAUCGGCGGCCAGCCCGCGGGCAGGAUCACCAUGGGCCUCUACGGCACCGCCGUGCCCAAGACGGUGGAGAACUUCCGCGCGCUGUGCACGGGGGAGAAGGGCGUUGGCAACCGCGGAAAGCCCCUCCACUACAAGGGCUCCAUCUUCCACCGCAUCAUCCCCCAGUUCAUGCUCCAGGGCGGCGACUUCACCGACGGUAACGGUCGCGGCGGUGAGUCCAUCUACGGCGAGAAGUUCGCGGACGAGAGCUUCGCCAUCAAGCACUCAGGCGCGGGCGACCUCUCCAUGGCCAACGCGGGACCCAACACAAACGGAUCGCAGUUCUUCAUCACCACCAUCAAGACCGCCUGGCUCGACGGGCGCCACGUCGUCUUCGGCAAGGUGCUCGAGGGCAUGGACGUGGUGUACAAGGUCGAGGCGGUCGGCUCCCAGAGCGGCAAGCCCUCCAAGGAGGUCGUCAUCACCGACUCCGGCGAGCUCGAGAUGUGAAACUUUCGGUUUCGGCAACCUCUCGGCGUCGGGUCGCCAAACACGCGGCGCGGGCCCACGCUCGAUUAUGAUCAUGAUAUCAUGUCAACACGUUUUUCCUAAAUAA